AUGGCCCUUCUCGCAGCGAGAGAGGCCCUCUCGUUCCCGGCGGGCGACAAUGCGACCGACACCCUCAUCAACAAUGUCCACCUCAACCUGACCACCCUCAAACACUGGAAUUACACGCUCUACUCCAACGGCUCCCUCUCCAACACAUCCUGGUGUCUCCUCACAUUUGACUCCUACGCACCGGCCCGCCUCCUUCCCAAUGGCACCUUCAUCAACGCGACCUGGUGCUGGUCGCCCACCGAGCCGAUUGGCAUUCGCGGUGGCAUUGGCAUUGGAUACGCUGUCUUGUUUGGCGUCGCCCUUGUGAUGAGUCUUGUUUGUCUCAAUAAACACGGGUCCCUGCAUCUUCCCGUCGAGAAACGAUUCUACCGCAUCGGAAGGCGCUGGCAAUGGUAUUGGGCUCUUUUUGUGUCUGCCACGGCUAUCAUCAGCUUGCUAGUCGCGGUGGACGUCGAUCGAUACUUCUUGCCGGAGCUGCCCGUUAUCUUGACAAGCUUCUUUUGGUAUUUAAUGCAGUGGGGUGCUAUGGCGUUGGUUUGGGAGGCGGUACGCCAUUGGGGAAGCUGGAUGGAGCGCCAGUUCAUUGACCCGGAUCCAUUUACACUCCGGGAUGGUGACAGACGGUCCAGGGUUGAGUUCUACCUACCGUUGUUGUUCUACCUCUUCUUAUGGCUCAACUUCUUUAUGAUCGUUCCUCGAAACUGGGGCGCCAUUGAGCUCCAAAGAUACCCUCAGCAAACUGUCGAACAAGCCGCCCCGGGAGCCACAGAUGCUCGCUUCAAAGCGGGUGCCUUCCUCCUUGUCGCCUGUUGGCUGGUGACUGGUUUCUCUCUACGUCACUCCAUCAAAUACUACUGCCCGCGCAACCGGGGCAUCUUCAACCGCAUCAUCGGCUUUGUCCGCUUCGCCCCCUUACGAUUUUUGAUCCUCCUCCCUCUAGCUGCCGCCCUUGUCGCUUACCAGGCCCUGGUAUCAUUCUACUUUGAGUACAGCCCACUCCGAGUCGGCGGCCCUAACUACGCUAUCUUUCCCGGCGGAUACACGCCCUCCCUCCUCAUCCUCUUCACUCAGAUCCUCUUCGGCUUUCUCAACCCCAACGAGGACCUCGAACUCCAACGCCAACGCCGGGUGCGGAACCAAGCCAUUAACCGCGAAAUGGGCAUUACUAUCAAGCCCUCAUGGUGGCGCCGUGUCAACGGCGAGACGCUAGACACAAACGGGAGCACACGCGACCAACUCCUGCGCAACGUCCGCGAGAUCCACGGCAACAAGGCCACCGGCACGGCUAGUGCAGCUGAAGUGGGCAAUCCCACCACCGACGGAAACCGCCCCGUCGAAAUGACACCUGUGUCUCCCUCAUCCAUAUCCUCCCCGGGCGUACGGAGCCCACCCCUAACCCCAUACACCGGCCGCUCCGAACAAAGACGCCAAGAACGCGCUCAACAAAUGGUGGCCGGCAUUCUCUUCCCCGAAUCAACACAACAACAAAAUCCACCAGCGAGCGCCAACACCACGGCGCAAAGACGGGCCGAGCUGAUGAUGGAUGGGCCACCGCCACCGCCGUACACAGAAACCUCGCGGGAUCGGGAUCCGCGCGGCCAUACCAACGGAGCGAGGAGCGUGGGUGGCCAGUCGGAGACAUCAACCAAUCAGCCGCCGCAGCAGAUUAGGAGUAUGCUGGAUGUCUGA